GAGCCAAUCGGAGUACCUAUUUAUAGUGCCUUUUAACUAAAUGGAGGGUCAUGAUACGAGGACGGUGUGAAAUGGGACAAUAGGGUUCGUCCAUUGCUCGCCUGAGCAGAGCCUCCCGAUGUAACGGGCAUCUCGCUGCCGUUAUAUUCUUGCUCCCCUGUUCGUCUUCUCGCUGGAUCCACGGGACGACCAUUCGUUGGUGGUCCGUGUCGGUCUAGGGAGUCUCGUCGGAGCAGAGACAGAUGGCGGAGGGUCUCGAAGGUCACGGAGGAGGAGGAGGCGAAGAGGUGGACACGAAGCUCGAAUUCACCCCCACCUGGAUCGUCGCCGGAGUUUGCUCCUUAAUCAUCCUCGUCUCCCUCUCCGCCGAGAGAUACCUUCAUCACCUCGGAAUGGUCCUCAAACACAAGAACCAGAAGCCAUUAUACAAUGCGCUUCAGAAGGUUAAAGAAGAAUUGAUGCUUUUGGGAUUCAUAUCGCUGCUGCUCACGGUAUUUCAACAUGCAAUCCAAAAUCUUUGCAUCCCCAAGAAUUGGACGCUUCACAUGCUACCGUGCAAGAGGCAGAAAGGCCACCAUCAUCCCGGGGAAGGCCACCACCAUGUGCAACUUUCAACCGAGUUUCUUCAUGCUGGCAGGAGAUUUCUUGCUGAGGAAUUAUCUCAUUGCGCACUCGAGAAUAAAGUUCCGAUCUUAUCCCUUGAGGCAAUACAUCAAUUGCAUAUCUUCAUCUUUGUCCUUGCAGUCACUCAUGUUACUUUUAGCGCCUUCACUGUGCUUUUAGGAGGAGCUAAGAUUCAUGAAUGGAAGCAUUGGGAGGAAACAAUCCAGAAAGAAAUUGCAAAAGAUGCUACAAAAAAUGGCAAGCAAGUACAUCAGUUUCAAUUUCUCUUGGAGCGUGUUAAGAGCAUUAAUAAAAAUUCAGUUUCUGUAACUUGGUUGCAUUCUUUUAUAAAACAAUUCCAUUGGACUGUGACCAAAUCAGAUUACAUCACCCUCAGACUUAUUUUCAUAAAGACUCAUUGCUCAGGGAACCCAAAGUUUGACUUCCACAAGUAUAUGAUCCGUGCAUUUGAAUCUGAUUUCAAGCAAGUUGUUGGUACGAGUUGGUAUCUUUGGCUGUAUGUGGUCAUAUUCUUAUUGCUCAAUGUUGAUGGUUGGCACACAUAUCUUUGGAUAGCGUUCGCUCCACUAUUUCUUCUGCUUGUUGUCGGCACCAAAUUGGAGCAUGUUAUUGCUGAGUUAGCUCACAAUGUCGCUGACAAAUAUUUUUCUGUUGGUGGAGAUUUAGUAGUUGUGCCAUCAGACGAAUACUUCUGGUUUCACCGUCCCAAGCUGCUUCUCUACAUGAUUCACUUUAUCCUGUUUCAAAAUGCCUACGAUAUCGCAUUUCUCUUCUGGCUAUUUAUCCCUGAUGGCUUUGAUGCCUGCAGCAUGGAUCACGUUGGCUAUGCUAUCCCCAGGCUUCUGAUUGGCGUGAUAAUCCAGCUUCUUUGCAGCUACAGCACCCUACCUUUGUAUGCUAUUGUCACCCAGAUGGGGACUCAUUUCAAGCAAACGGUAUUCGAGGAGAAUGUCCGAGAGAGCCUGGUGACUUGGGCUCAGAACGCGAAGAAGCAGCAGAGUGUGAGGGUGAACAGCCAGCGUGCAGAUUCUAGCCUCGAAGUGACGGAAUCACCGCGGACGCCUGAAACAACAAAGCUGACUCAACUGACAGAAACACUGAUGGAAGAAGGCAAAACAUCCUGAACAAUGUACGAGCGAAAGCAAAUCACAUUUUUC